CUGAAAAUUUUCACAACUUGCAAAAACACAAACACAACAACAUCUUCUCAAAUUCUACACAAUAUUAAUAGUUCAACGUUACAUGGCUCAUGUUAACAAAUUAUGGAACUAGAGAUAGAAGAGGUUGAGCUAACUAGUUCACGUGGCUCACUAAGAAUUCCAAGAAAUUCUUCAUUAGACAUCAGCAAUGAGAAUCUACAUUACACAAGUUUGAAGGACAUUAUGUGCACACCAUCAAGGUGGUCAAUAUAUGAAGGAAAUGUUUUUGACUCAAACAUUGCUAUAAGGAACGAGUUGGUUAAACGUGCAGCUUCGGUUUAUUUACAAUCUGCAGCACUUUUGGCUACAAGAAACCAAAACUGCAUUGUAGCUUUCUGGGAAAGGGUUAAGGGACAGGCUUCUUCAUGGUGGAGACUUGUUGGUGGGAACACAAUUAGGGCUUGUCUUUUGCCUGUUUUUCAGUUUCUUAAUCAAAUUAGGAGGUUUCAUUCAUUGCCAUGAAAUUUGGGAAAGAAAAAGACAUUUUUUAUUUCUUUUUCUUGGUCAUAUAGAAUUUCAUGGGCUUGUUCUUUUGAAAUUUUUAUGGUAUUGUUUAUAUUUUUUUUAUAAAGCCACCUCUUAUAUUUUUAAUU